AUGGCAUUCACUGACAGAGAGCGGACUAUUCUCGGCCCCCUCACCACCGUCUUCACGCCUCCAGCACCAUGCACCAUCGCCGUUGGAUGGUGCAAAACAUGCGACGUCGCCUGGUGGGGUCAGACCUGCGGAGGGGGAGGGGAAGAGGACAACACGAGCUGCUGGCCGACAACCACCGAGGGGGUGCCCGAACCGACCAAGCUACCGUUGUACGGGUGGGGGUUCUACUCCCCUGGGUUGGAAUGCCCGGCAGGAUACACAUCGGCCUGCUCGGCGGUCGAGGGCGUGACAUCCCAAUGGAAACAUCAAUUCCGAAUGGAAGCCGAAGAGACGUUUGUCGGCUGCUGCCCGGAGGGCUUCAAAUGUGAUAACCUCCGAGGCCAGACGUGUCUCAUGCGCGCCAAGUCCACCGAGCUACCGACGGUCUCCUGCGAGAACGGCGCCAGCAACAACUUUGGCUUCACGACGCUCCCCAACGCGGCGGUCACCACCAUGAACCUGUACGCGCCCAUGAUCCAGCUCGCCUGGAAGGCUUCCGACCGGCCAGAAACAUCCACCCUCAGCAGUAGCGCCACCACCUCCGCCCCGACAACCACCACCCUCAACCCAACAUCCGCCGCCGACCCCAACGCCCCCACCAUCUCCGAACCCGCCCUCUCCACAGGCGCCAUCGUCGGCAUCGCCAUCGGCGCAGCCGCGCUGUUCCUCCUCACGCUCGCAGCCGCCAUCUUCAUCUGGCGGCGACGACGACGACACAGCCAUCCAGGCGGCGUCGGCCCCGGCAACCCCCUCGGCAACGGCUCAUACGCCCCCUCCUACUCAGCGCUACGAGCAGGAUCGCCAGGCAUGGAGGACACCAAGCACUACUACACGGGCGGGGUGAUGGAGAUGGCGCCGGGCCACGGGCGGGUGGAGGCGCCGACCGAGGGGCAUAUGCGGGUCGAGAUGGGCGCGGAUCGGCUCGUGUCGCCGGCGUCGCCGCUGGUGGAGGCGCCGGGGCAGGACCAUGGAGGGGGUGGGCCGUACGCGGCGCAUCCGCGGCAAGUGGUGAUUCGGGGGGAGGGCGAUAUGUCGCCGCCGCCGGGGUAUUUUCAGCCGCCGCUUGGGGCGGUGGAGAUGCCUGUGGGGAGGUAUCAGUAG